AUGGCGUCUGCUGAUCUGGGAGAUGAGCUGCUCUGCUCCAUCUGUCUGCACAUUUAUACAGAUCCUGUAAUGCUGAGAUGUGGACACAACUUCUGCCGGGCCUGUAUUGAUCAGGUCCUGAAGACAAAAAACACCUCUGGAGUUUAUUCUUGUCCUGAGUGUAGAAUCAAGUUUCGGAAGCGACCAGUGUUGGAGAAGAACUUCAAACUUUGUAACAUAGUGGAGAGAUUCACGUCUACUCAGCCACAUCCAGAGGAGGUCGACAGGAUCUGCUGCACUUACUGUAUUCAUUCUCCUGUACCUGCUGUACUAUCCUGUCUACACUGUGAAGCUUCUCUGUGUGAUAACCACCUGAGAGUUCACAGCAAGUCCUCAGAACACAUCCUAACUGAACCCACCACUUCCCUGGAGAACAGGAAAUGUUCUGUCCAUAAGAAGAUACUGGAAUAUUACUGCACUGAGGAUGCUGCUUGUAUCUGUGUGUCCUGCAGUUUGACUGGAGAACACCAGGGACAUCAAAUACAACUCCUAAAUGAGGCUUCGGUCAAGAAGAAGGAACAGCUAAGGAAAGUCUUAGACAAUCUGUCUUUAAAGACAGAAGGAAAUGUGUCAAGGGUCCACACACUGUGUAAGCACAUGACAAAUGUCAAUGACAGAGCUGAGUUCCUAAGUCAGAAUACCUUUGGUCUCUUAACAGAAAUCAGGAGACAAGUGGAUGACCUGGAGAAGAUGCUCCUGAGUGAGAUCUCCAGGCAGAAAGAGCAGGUAUCACUCUCAGUCUCUGAUCUCAUCCAGCAGCUGGACACUGAGAAAGAAGACUUGUCUAAGACAAUGUUUGCUAUUACACAGAUGAGUGCUAUGACUGAUCCAAUCAUAGUCUUAAAAGAUCAAGAGCUUCUUGAAUCAAACAUACAAGAAAUGGCUACUUGUACCAGAGAUGAUAUCCAUACUGUCGGUGAUCUGGAUAUACUUGUUAUGUCUAAUAUGAUUCACACAGCUAUGGAAAAAAUUGUCGAAAAGAUAAAGUUCCAAGGCUUCAACAUGCCUGAAGCUUCCGACAUCUUUUUGGACAUCAACACUGCAGGUAAUGAUGUAGCAGUGUCUGAAGACCUCAAAACAGCCUCCUGGCUUGGAGUAAGCCAAAACCGUCCAGAUACUCCUGAAACUUUUCAGUCAUGUCAAGUCUUGAGCAAGAGCUGUUUUUCCUCAUGGAAACAUUUCUUGGAAGUGGAAAGCAAUGACAAAGGAGACUGGUGUGUGGGAAUGAGCUAUUCCAGUAUAGACAGGAAAGGGGAGCAGUGCAAUAUUGGACACAAUGAUAGGUCAUGGGGACUGCGACUAUGGGACAAUCAAUAUUCUGUUAUACACGACUCAAAUGUUAUCCCGCUCCCAGCUCAGCAUUCUUGCAAGAAACUAGGUCUGUAUCUGGAUUACGAGGCCGGACAGCUGUCCUUUUAUGAGCUGUGUGCCCCAAUGAGACACUUAUACACCUUCACUGCCACCUUCACCGAGCCCCUUCAUGUUCUGUGUUGGGUACUGGGCAGCUCUUUAAGGUUCAGAAGUGGAAACAAUAACAACUGAAGGUAUGGAAGCAAGUGGUACAGAAGUAAGACUUGACUAUUUAAGAUGUAUCCCAUGAUGUCCGUAAAACUUACAGUCACUUUCAAGAUCUGACCUACAUUACAUCUCUCAUCUCUACAUCAUAGUCUCAGAUUAGGACCCAGUUCUCGUCUUUGUUGGUAAUGGAAUGUAUAGCAAAGUCUGUGGAGAUCAUUUACUAAGACGGGCAUUUUAUGCCAGUCUUAGAUUUCCCCCUUAACUGAUGUACUUUUCGGAUAAUUUAUGACAAGGCAUGGGCCCAAAAUGGCAUCAA